AUGAAGACAAGACGCCAGUGGGAGGAGCAGCAAAGGGAAAGAGCCCGCUUUUGGGCCGAUGCUGAAAGAGAUAAAAACCAAACAAAUACAGUUGGGGGGCAGGACGCCUCCCCCUACCAGCAGGAAAUUCUCAGGCGCUUUCAGAACAAAGUUGAAGAGGAGCAAAGAAAGAGAGAAAAAGAAAAAGGAAAAAACACACAACAAGCUGUUGAUGGUGCUGCUAUUGAGAGGGAGAUUGCAGCACACGAAGAGGCAACAGUGAAGGCGUGGAAAAAAUUCAAAGAGGAAAUGCGGGCCUUCGGCUUCAACACAACCGACAGCAGCAGCAGCAGCAGCAGCAGCAGCAGCAGCGCAGAGGCGAAAUACAAAAGACGAGGGACAGACGUGUAUGGAUACAAAAUGUGGAUUUCAAGAGAAGGAAGCAACAAACAGAAGAUGCGAAAACUAAAACUAAAAGUAGAAAGAUAUGGGCUAGAAGCAGCAGCUGCUGCGGGUCUGUUGGUAGGAGCAGCAGCAAUAGUGAAGCAUUAUAAAAGAGAAAAAGAGAAAAGAAGAGAAGCAGAGAAGGAGGCUGUCUAUAACAAACAACCGCAUGCUUAA